GCGCGUGUGAAGUUGUUAGACAGACUUGCAACUCUUGCCUGAGACUUCAAAUGAAACGAGACUUUCUCUCGUGAAAGUGAACGGCGGCGGCGUCGUCUGUGCGUGCAGUGAUGGCUGCUUCCAUGAGGAGCGUGUACUCGCAGAAGGAGUUCAGGAGCAAGAAGAGAGAAGUGUUCGAAGAUAUACUGGAGGAACGCAGACAGUCUAGUGACCUUAGAUAUGCUAUGAAAUGCUACACACCGGUGAUUUACAGGAACUUGACUCCCUGUACGCCAAGUGGCCUAAAGACUAUUGUCUUACAGUCUGUGGAGCUGCAAUAUGUUAUCAAGCAGAUAUCGUUACAAUCUGGGGACUCAUGUGAAGUCAUUCAGGAACAGGCAGCUGAGAUUCUGGAUGAAAUGGGUCAUAAUUUAAGAAUGGGAGCCAUCCGUUUGUUUGCUAUGAGCUUAAGUAAGAUCUUCAAGCGACUCUUCCAGAAAGUAUGUGUCAAUGAGGAAGGCAUACAGAGGCUGACUCAAGCCAUUCAAGAACAUCCAGUUGUGCUGCUUCCCAGCCACCGAAGCUACAUUGACUUCCUGAUGAUGUCUUAUGUUAUGUACACGUAUGACCUAGCGCUUCCUGUCAUCGCUGCAGGAAUGGACUUCAUGGGCAUGAAAAUUGUAGGCGAGUUGCUGCGUAUGUCUGGAGCAUUUUAUAUGAGAAGAACUUUUCGAGGGAACCAACUGUAUUGGGCAGUCUUUGCAGAAUAUGUAAAGACUGUACUGCGGAAUGGAUAUGCUCCAGUGGAAUUCUUUGUUGAAGGUCAGAGGAGCAGAACAUGCAAGACAUUAAGUCCAAAGUUUGGUCUAUUAAAUGUUGCCAUGGAGCCAUUUUUCAAAGGUGAAGUGUUUGACACAUACAUCGUUCCAAUCAGUAUUAAUUAUGAAAGGGUACUGGAAGAAUCUCUUUACGCAUAUGAACUUCUCGGUGUGCCCAAACCCAAAGAGUCUACAUCCGGACUGAUAAAAGCAAGAAGAAUUCUUAAUGAAAACUUUGGAAGCAUCCAUGUUUACUUUGGACAGCCUUUAUCAUUAAGAUCUCUGGCUUCUGGGAUAAUAAACCGCACCCAAUAUAAUUUAAAGCCCAGACACCUUCCCCAGCGACCACCUGAAGAUGUGCAAUCAUUUGUCCGUGAUGUGGCUUAUAAAGUAGAACUUACCCAGAUUGCAAAUAUGGUUCUUAGCCCUGGAGUCUUGAUAGCUACCGUUUUGCUACAGAAUUUACCAGAGAUGGAAUUUAACAUCUUAGUUGAAAAGACUGUUUGGCUGAAAGAUUUAAUAGAGAGCUUUGGAGGGUUCCUGGAAUGGCCUGAUAAUUUAUCCGCCAGCCGAGUGGUUCAGUCCGGCAUUGAUCUUCAUUCAAACAUUUUCAGUCUUGUUGAUGGGCAUGUGAUUUUGCUUGAGCACAAGCACACGGGUUUAUUGACAGAGGAAAUAGUCUUUAAACAAGCAGUGUCUUUCCUCAUGUGUGCCUUCUAUAGGAACCAAAUGAUUAAUGUGUGUGUCCGCCCUGCACUGGUGAUUCUAGCCUGUGAAAUGGUGCAGAGUUCCACAAAAGAAGACAUAUUCAGGUCUUUUACCUUCUUAAGACGUGUUUUUUCCAAGGAGUUCAUCUUCUUUCCUGGCUCUGAAGACAAGGACUUUGAAGAAGGUUGCUUCAUGUUGACCAAAUGUGACAUCAUUCAUGCAACGCCAAAUGAAAUUAUGUUAACCGACAAAGGAACUAUUGCUGCUUUGUUUCUAUCAAAAGUGUUCCAGCCAUUUUUGGAAGGUUAUAAGUUAGCCUGCGCAUAUCUUUUGGAGGAAGUUACUAAUGCUUUCACAGAAAAGCAAUACAUAUCUGGAGUGAGGAGUCUUAUUUCUCGUCUAAUUGUGUCUGGAACCAGCACAUGCUAUGAAGCUUUAUCUUCUGAUAUGCAAAAAAAUAUACUUUCCUCUUUUGUACAUCUUGGGGUUUUAAAGAAUAUGAAAUCAGUCAGUGAGGUAACCUUCUGUGUAGAGAAGAGAACUCUGAGGGAAACUGCAGAAAAGCUUGGAGUGCAAAUAUUUACAGAGAAGCUUCCAUCAGCACGGCUUUGAGCAUUAUCUGACGGUUAUGGGCAGCAAUCUGUUCCCAGUUGCUGAAUAACGUGUCUGUUGUUGACAAAAAAAACUUGAAAUUCUUAAAGGAAGAUGAACGAACUUAUGAAUUCAAUUACAAAAACACUGUUUAUUGUACUCUAUGUAAAAUAACUGAAGGUCAAGCAUUAAUACAAAGUUUACUGGGGGUGUGCUAAAUAUAUAGCCUGUUUUCUGCCAAUGGAAAGUGGAGGGUUAGGGAGCCUAAAAGGCUUGAAGUGAAUAACAGGGAGCUCUAAAAAAAUCUAACAAAAAAGGUACUGAGAUGUACUAACUUCCAUUUAGUGGCUGGAUGUGAAGGUUUACUGAUAACUAAACAAGUGCUACAAAAAUACUAACAAACUUCUUCUGGAAUAAAUAUAUAGGGUAUAAUGAUAUUAAAAAAAAUGUUUAAACCUUUCCAUCAAAGUUCACAAGCCAUGAAUAGUCUUCUGGCUUUUUUACAGUUCAGGUUUUAAUUAUAGAGGCAGGUAGCACUAUCAGUUCCACCAGUUUGUGUGUGCUGCAAAGUCCUCCCUACUGACACUCCUGCACCUGUUAGGUGACAGUUUAUAAUUCAUAACCAAUUCCAGUAUGUAAGUACAUUCAUUCACUCUGCCUUAAAUAACUACAAAUUGAAAAGAAUUGGAGGAGAAGACAUAUUUUGCAAGAGGAAACUCUGUGAAUAGGCAUUGGGAUUAUUGCAGAAAAAGACAUUAUAAACCAAAGAUUAUCAAAUCUAAUAACCGUUGUCUUGGUUGGAGGGGGGGGCUUAAUCCUGUUUUUUUGGUUGCAACUAAUAACUUUGGAUUUUUUAUGUUGUAAUUAAGUUAGAACUAUUGUAUAAUUAGCAUUUAGAAGGCAUCCUGGCUUAUUUGGGUUUGACCAGUGUCCAAUAUUCCCUCCUCUGCCAGUCACUAUCUUUAGAUCUUGUUUUUGAGAACAUGCAGAUGACAGUUUAGUUAAACUGAGGCUCAGAGUGGCAGUAUUUACUGUUUAGCGGGAUGUACUCUACUGAAUUAAUUGGAGUAUAAUUCAGCUUUAAUUAGGUCUGUUGUAUGGAUGAGGCAGAUGGCAAAUCUUGAUUGUACUAAGCACUUACAUGGCACGUGAGAAGUUGUUUGCAGGAGUCCGAUUUUGCCAGCCACCCCUAACUACUGUAUGGACAAUGUAAGUGUUCUCUACAGAAAUAGAGCUCCCAUUGGUUACAUGGCCUGGAUUUGUUUCAUGUGCUUCCCUGAUUAAAGGGGUGUUCUCCUUCAAGUUUACUUUUAGUAUGUUCUAGAAUGUACGAUUCUAAGCUACUUUUCAAUUGGUCUUCAUCAUUUAUUUUUAUACUUCUUGAAUUAUUUGCCUUAUUCUUCUGACUUGUUCCAGCUUUCUAAAUAACUAAAAAACUACAAAUAAUAAAAAAUGAAAACCAAUUGCAAAUUGUCUCUGAAUAUCACUCUCUACGUCAUACCAAGCACAACAAGGGCACAUUAAAAGUUUAUAUGUGUGUUAAGUGCAUUACCAGUCAUAGAGAUUUAUGUAUAUAUAUUUUUCUGUGUUAUUGCUCUAGCGUAAGGGUCAGGGCACACGCUCAGAUUCGGGGAGAUUAGUCGCCCGGCGACAAAUUUACAAUCAAAUUUACAAUCUCCAAAUUUACAAUCUCCUUGAACUGCCUCCCGCCCGCUAGAAUGUAAAUCGCCGGCGGGAUGGCACUUGGAGUGCUUCGUUUUCCGAAGUCGCCCAAGGUUUCCUUCAGAGGCUUCGGAAAACGAAACUCCAAGUGCCAUCCCACCGGCGAUUUACAUUCUAGCCAGCGUGAGGCAGUAAGGGGAGAUUAGUUUCUGAAGAAGAGUAAAUUUGGCGCUGGGCGACUAAUCUCCCCGAAUCUGAGCGUAUGCCCUGGCCCUGAGGUGCACACAAUGAUAUUCAGUUUAGUAAACAAUAUGCACUUACAAGAAGGGAUCCAAAAUAGUUAAUAUAAAAAUGUUACAACUAUUAAUAGAAAUGUUACUGUUAACUCUUGACUGUUAACUAUUCUGCUGUAUUUUUAUCAGUUGAUAAAGCUUUGUGUGACUCUUU